GUCCCCAAGUGGAAGUGGUCUCUUGCUUGGGUCCUGUUCCCUGUUUCUCUCUCACUUUCUUUCCUCUCCUUGGGAUGUCCGCAACCAUCUUGCUUUCUUUCCAUAUCAUUAUAUAUUUUCUUUUCCUUUCCUUCUGUUUCUCUCUCUCUCCCGAGAAACUUUUAACCUUAAUCCCUUUUUAACUUGUAUAAAUACCUCACACAUGCAACAACUCCCUUGAACACAUCCGUCCCCUAUUUCCAUCUCCCUCUUUCUGUCUCACUUUCAUCACCAUACGUACCUCUCUCUCUCUCUCUCUCUCUCUCUCUCACAGUUUUCUCUUCUUUGAUUACUGCUUCUGAAUUAUUUUCUUCAUGGCUGAACUGAACCCUAAUACAACAGCCAGUAAUGGACGCUUAAAGCUCUUCGGCUUCAACGUCUCAGAAGACGAAGAAGUGGACUCCAACAAGACUCCAUCUGGGUCGCCGGAAUCUGCCUGCUUUCCGCCGCCUGACGGCCGGAAAUACGAGUGCCAGUACUGCUGCCGCGAAUUCGCCAACUCGCAGGCUCUGGGCGGCCACCAGAACGCCCACAAGAAGGAAAGGCAACAGCUGAAGCGAGCUCAAUUGCAAGCCAGCCGGAACGCCGCCGUUUCCUUCAUGCGGAACCCCAUGGUCUCCGCCUUCGCUCCUCCGCCGCACCUCCUCGCCCCCUCCGGCCCUAUGGUGGUUCCGGGACCGCAGCCCCCGUCCUGGGUCUACCUCCCGCGGGCCGCUCCGCCGUUCCAGGUGUCCCACGGCUGCGUGUUCCCGUCGUCUAGCGGGAGGGUUGCGCCGGCGGGACAGUGCGCCGGCGGUGCGGCGGAGUCAACAUUGGCGGCCGGUCCGCAGCAGGGUCGGUCCCAUGGGAGAGUCGAUGGGCCUUCGUUGAGCAGGUUCUCGAGGGGCGACAGUGGGCCCAACUUCGACGACGCAUUCGGCUUGGACUUGCACCUUAGCCUGGCUCCAGCCGGGCCCUGAGGUUGGUUCCGUUCGGCUUUGGCGUGAACUACCUCGGCUUGUCGCUCUCCGACUCGGCUGGCGAGCUGCUAUAAGUUACCCCUGUCGGACAAUCUUGUAAAUUUUCAAAUUUUAUUUAUGUAUUUUUUUUUUUCAAGAAAGUAAAUUUAACUCAGUACAUGGAUUAACUCUCAA